ACGGCUGCGGGAGCUGUCUGCCAAUUGGAGCUCUCUCGGUCAAUUGAUUGCGUGUUGUGGCAGCCGUGGCAAGGCUCUGGCUGUUCGAGGUGAAUUGGAAGCUCUUGCAGCGUGGGUCAACUUCCAUUCUCGGAAGCUUGAGCUAGUCGCGGGCAGCUCCACCUACCUCCGAGGUACCUCAAACUUACUCCGUAUAUCUCUCUUUCCCCCUUCCAUAACUCUCACCAUAACACUAUUCUUUGGACGCGUCUACCUCGUGUAUCGUUGCUUCAUGCUCCCAGCUUUGCCCGAGUUUUCAUGCAUGCACUUCCUGUAGUCGGGCGGUUGACACUCGCUCUGUGUGAUUGACGUUUGGAUCCGCGCAAGCUUCCGCAGCCCUCUGGACACGCCCACCAUGGGGAAUUGCUUCUGCACGCCAAAGCCCGUCGCUGGCCCGGCACUCGUUCCGAACAACAACCAGAUUCAAAAUCAGAAUGCCGACGACUCCUCCCAGGAAAGCAACGCCUCUGUCGAAUUGCUUGCUCCAAUCGCCCAUCCUCUCGGAGCACCCGGUGAUCCCGCCGCGCACCCAAACAGGCCGCUCGUCGCCCUCCCCGAAGGCUACCACUGCAAGCUGCCAGAUCCAUACAGCCAGCCCACAUCGACGUCUAGCCACAACCCGGGCAGCGUCCCUUGGACACGUCAGAAACUGGAGUUGGAACGGAAUGCCUGGUGGGAAACGCACUCCACCACUGGCGACCCGGAGAAAUGGGCCACCUACAAGCAAAUUAUCAACCAUUUGCAAGGAGGGAGAGUGCAAGAGGCACAGACCCUGCUGGAUGCGGCUGGCUGCACAUGUCCGAAUGGGAAGGCUUGGCAUGCCAUUUAUGAUGAGAGAGGUUUUCGAUAUGCGAUUCGGGAUGCCAGGGCUAGUAAAGAGAUGGACUGGGUCGUCUUUGAGCCUAAGGGGCUGGCUGAUGACGACGAGGUGGUCCAAGGGGAACGAGAAGAAGAAGCUGUCCAGGUGGAGGGGAAGGGGAAAGGGAGGGCGGUGGUCCAGGCUGAUGAUGAUGAGCUCGGGGAGGUCGUACAGAUGAGAUGUAGGGUGAGCCCCAAUGGAGAGGAUUAUUUAAUCGCGGUGAGGGAAGGCGACAAGGUUGGAGUCAUCAAAACGGCGUUGAGCGCGGAGAUAGGGAUCCCCGUGUCUCGAAUUCGAGUCUCGUACGGUGGCCGCCUGCACGAAUCCCACGAAAAGCUGCACGGGUGGAUAAAGGGUAAUGCCCUGACGAUCAUGGUCGCGGCGGACUAUGAACCUCCAGCUUCGGACUUCACCUUCGCCGAGCGAAUAGGCGCCAUCACCGAUCCAUCGAGCGAUACUCUGGUUACGGGAAGCAGAGGGUCCGGCGUUUUGGACCAAACUCCUCGUAUCCCGACCCCCGCACAAGCUCUUCCUCUCUCUCCACCUGAACCAAAAGCUCAGGGUCCGAGCAAUGAUCAGGAAGCCAUUACUCCGGCCACUGAUCAGCAGGCUCACCUCCCGCCCACUGGUCAACAAGCUCCUCUCCCGCCCACUGGUCACCAAGCUCCUCUUCCGACCGACGACGCACAAUCUGCAACGCCCCCCAACGAACCUCCGGGACCCCCGCAAACGUCCCCGUCUUCUGAUCAUCACUAGCAUGCAUUGCAUUGCAUCAGGCGUCAUUUUUCUUCUUGCACACAUGUUCGGGUUUGAAUAUUCAAGCCAGUGUUGCGCUAUUGCUAACGGAGAUUGUAUUCUCCACUUUCUUCCCUUUCCAUCUGUUUACGGCCUCUUGCUUUUCGGCAGCUAGAUACCCCGUCUUUCGGUCUCUUUGUCGUUGGUCAUUGCUUCCUCAUGAAUAGACUUUUGUAAUAGAGAGUGGUGGGAUGGAUGGUUUUUGAGUUUCUGGUAGGAGAAUGUAGACUGCAUGGAUUGGGGUGGCUGUACCAAUAUGAAUGGGUGGGUGGAUAGAGUAGAACAGACUUGGAUUAGACCAGUCUUUUAAUGGUAAU